AUGUCGACCAAAGCCUCAAUCCCCCGUCACCGCCUCCGUAAUGGUCUUGAAGCUGGCAAGCCCAUGUUUGGGUGCUUCUCCUCACUCGCUUCCUCUUGGACAGCUCGGAUCGUUGCCUCGUGCGGCUGGGAUUACGUGAUCAUUGACUGUGAACACGGCAAUCACGAUGACCGGGACAUGCACGACACGGUCAAUGUCAUUGCGUCGGAAGAAGUCUCGCCGAUCAUUCGGAUACGAGCUAUGGACUAUGGGUUGAUCAAGCGUGCUCUGGAUUGUGGUGCUCACGGUAUCAUGGUUCCUAUGGUCAAUACACCGGAAGAAGCCGCCCAGGUCGUCAAGUGGUCCAAAUUCCCUCCUAUGGGCGUCCGCGGUCAAGGCUCAUCCUUCUGCGCCAUGGCUCACGGCGUCACCCUCGCCGACUAUGUCAAGGUCGCCAACGAUACCAUCCUCACCAUUGUCCAAAUCGAAACUCCCCAAGCCGUCGAAAACGCUGAAGCCAUCGCGGCUAUCCCAGGCGUAGAUGCGCUCUUUAUCGGCCCCAACGACCUGGCGCUCUCGCUCCUCGGCUACGUGCCUGCGCGGUGGGACGAGCCCGAGUUUUUAGCGGCGCUGGAGAAGGUCAGGCAGGCGGGUAUCAAGCACGGGAAGCAUGUGGGGAUCUUGGCCAAGGGAGGCGAGCAUGCCAAGGCGUUGAAGGAGGACUGGAAGCUGAUUGGGCUGGGAUCGGACGUGAGGGCGCUGCAGAAUGCAAUGAAGGCGACAGUAGCAGCGGCACAUUCGUAG